AUGGAGCUUGUCAAUGUACUUCAAAUCAGUUUUGAUGGCCUCGAGAAACCAGAGAAAAGUAUUUUUCUAGACAUUGCAUGCUUCUUCAAUGGGUUUGACAAAGAUUAUAUUUUACGAAUUAUGGAUGGCUGUGGUUUCUAUCCAGAAAUCGGGAUAAGAGUUCUUGUUGAUAAAUCUCUAUUGCAUGUUUCCCAUGAUAACAAGCUUUGGAUGCAUGACCUACUGCAAGAGAUGGGCAAGGAAAUUGUUAGAGAAAAAUCCCACAAGGAACCAGGCAGACAAAGUAGGUUGUGGGAUAAUGACAAUUUAUAUCAUGUUUUAGAGAAUUACACGGCGACAGAAGAAAUUGAAGCCAUAGUAUGCCAUUCUCUUGAUAGGAAAAUAUUGAGCUGGGAAGCCUUGUCAAAUAUGAAGAAACUAAGAUUUUUCAUUAUUGAUUUUGCCUGGUACCUGACAGUUGAUGACCAAUCCCCAAAUGUCAAAUACAUUGCGAAUGAGUUACGGUUCCUUGUCUGGCAUAAUUUUGCUUCCGAAUAUUUACCAUCGAGUUUCCAACCAUAUGAACUUGUUGAGUUGGAUUUGCAUGGUAGCAAUAUCAACCAACUUUGGAAGAACCCCAUCAAGCCAUUCUACAAUUUGAAACUCAUUGACCUAAGUCAUUCAGAAAAUUUUAGCAAGUUUGAAGACUUUAGGAUGUUUCCGAAUCUAGAAAAGUUUAUUCUUACAGGUUGUGACAAUCUUGUGGAGAUUCAUCCAUCCAUCACAUUUCUUGAAAGGCUUACUAUACUAGACCUAAAUUGCUGCACAAGUCUAGAGAAUCUUCCACCAAGCUUGGAUCGUUUGAAAUCCCUCAAAGUUCUUGAUCUUAAAUACUGUUCAAUGAUUUGUAACUUACCAGAGGACCUCGGACAUUUAAGUAGUUUGGAGGAGCUUAAUGUGAGUGGCACUGCUGUAAAACACCUACCAUCUUUCAUUGUACUUCUGAAAAAUCUCAAAACACUAUCUUGUGGUAAAUUACCUUUUGGAUCACGAAAAUGUAAAAAUCUGAUUAAUACCAUUGGUGGCAAAGGUCUCUUAUUAGGUGGUUUUAAUUCUUUGGAAGAUUUGGAUCUAAGCGGCUGCAUGCUUGGGAAAAAAAGAGCAUUUCCUAAAGAUUUUGGCUGCUUAGUUUCUUUAGAACGUUUAAAACUCAGUAAUAACCAUUUUGCUUCCCUACAAGCCAGUAUCAAUAAACUAUCCAAGCUCAAGUUUCUUUAUGUGGACCAUUGUAAAAACCUAAAAUCAUUGGGGCCAGAGCUUCCAACUAGCAUAAUAAUGGUAUGGGCUGAUCACUGUAUUUCAUUGGACACAUUUCUCGAUCCGUUGAAGGAAUGCAACUUGCAGUGUAGUGCUAGUUGUUUGGGCUGCUUUGAUUUGGUGAGAAGGCAAGGCAGCAAAAGGACAGCAAUUGCAUCCUUAAUAAGAUACCUCCAGAAAUCUCAUUAUCCAGUUAGAAGAUUUGAUAUUUUUCUUCCUGGAAAAGAAAUUCCAGCCUGGUUCACUCAUCGAAGUUUCAGGACGUGGAUAAGUUUCCAACUAGAUCCAAACUGGUGCAACAGUAAGUGGAUGGGUUUCGCUUUGUGUGUGCAGUUUCUUCCCACUAAAUUAUCAUAUUUGCAUUGUCAUGUAAAAGUCAAUGGACAAGAUUGGGGAUAUGGAAGUGUAGAUUGGUAUAUAACUGACAAAUUCUAUGUGAAUCACCUUUGGAUAUUGUAUUUGCCCCGUAAUAUCUACUUCCGUGAAGAGUGGCUGAGUAAUAAGUGUAGUCAGAUUCAGUUUUCCUUUUCCUUCGAGCUCCUUAGAUAUCCAAUUGGUAAAAAAGACGGCACAAACAUGUUCAUUAAAGAUUGCGGCAUGCGUUUGGUGUAUGAGGAAGAUAUAGAAGAUUUGGAUCCAUUUGCGUCCAACUGCAGUGAAUUUGAUGAUGAUUGGGAUGAUAAAUGGGACAGGUAUUCCUUUGUUAAUGUGCCACCCCAGCAAAGUUCCAAGGCAAUGCAGGAUACCACGUUGGGGAAGCAGCCUUUAUCCAAUUUGAAAGCCAUUGACCUAAGUAAUUCGGAAAAUUUUAUAAAGUUUGAAGACUUUGGGGUGGUUCCACUUCUAGAGAAAUUGAUUCUUAAAGGAUGUUCAAGACUAGUGGAGGUUCACCCAUCCAUCACACUUCUUACAAGGCUUACUUUACUGAACUUGAAUCGCUGCUAUAGCCCAAAAUUUUUUCUAACAGGCAAAAAUGGUUUGAAAUCUCUCAAAGUUCUCCAACUUUUUGAUUGUUAUGAGCUUCAUAAGGAUUUGGGGCAUUUAAAUAGUUUGGAGGAGCUUUAUUUGAGCGGGACUUCUUUAAGAAAUUCAGAAUUGAGACCAGGACAAUGGGAAUAUACACUCAAUAUCAUUGUUGGCCAAGGUCUUGUCUCAGGUUGUCAUUAUUCUUGGAAAACAUUGGAUCUAAGUUUGCGUUGUCCUAAGGAUUGA